AUGACAAUUUGGGUAAAUCAAGCUUCCUCUGCUAGUAUGGUUCUUUCAGACGAGUUGGUAAAAUUAAAAGACCGUGAAUUUGGUAAUCAUCUUGGUAUUCCUAAAAAUGAACUUAAUACGCCUUUGGAAACUUUAGCAGAUGAAAGGAUUAAGCUGAGACAGCUUCUUUCCCAAUAUGCGCCCGAGAACAUAUAUAAUGCUGAGAAACUGGAUUAUUUUAUCGAAUGUUACCAAAUUAGACAAAUGCCCGCUUCUUCUGAUAACAAUAAAGAUCAAAGACUUGAAGACAAUGAAUUAGGUUCUGAGUACGAAAAUGGUGAAAAUUUUAUUUCUGAGAGUAGUAAAAAUGAUGAAAUUCCUAAUUCUGAAGGCGAUGAGGAUAAUCAGUCUAAUUUUCAAUCUCGUGGAAGAACUCGCGGAAGAACUCAUGGAAGAACUCAUGGGAGAACUAGAGGAAGCACUUGUAGAAGUACUCGCAGAAGAACUCGUAGAAGAACUCGCAGAAGAACUCGUGGAAGACCGCGCAGAAGAACUCAUGGAAGACCGUGUGGAAGAGCACGAACAAUUUCAUCGUAUAAUGAACAAAAUAAUACUUCUAGCAAAUUCAAGCUCACAAAUAUUAAAUUGCAUUAUCUUCUACCUAACACGACCGUGCAUCUACAACCACUAGAUGCUGGUAUCAUUAGUGAGGUAGAGAUAGAAAUUACAAAUCAAGAAUCUGAAAGCAAUUUUUUAGAUGAUGAGGUUGCAGAAAUUAUUGUAGAUUUGUUAUCAAGUGAUGAUCCCGAAGCUUCUAACAUAGCUCAGAUCAUGGAAAGGUAUAUUCAAAUAGUCGAUGAGCCUGUUGCGACAGAAGGAAUGCUCAAUGAUGAAGAAAUAAUUACUAUGGUUCAAGCCGAAGAAAAUGAACAAGAACAAGAAAGUGAUGAUGAUGAAGAGCCUCCUCCUCCUCCUGUUAUAGCUAAAGAGGUAUAUAAUGCAAUACAAACUGUUUUACGAUAUGAAGAGCAGACUAAUUCAGAAUCUAACCUCAAGCUUGCUAAAUUGGAAUUUUUGCGAAAGUUAAAUAACAACUACAGGC